AUGCAUUUCAUCGGCAAAAUCGCCCUCCUGCUUCUCACGUCCCUUUGGUCGUAUGAAACCUUUGCAGGUCCGAUAAUUAGACCCCCUUCAAACCCCAAGAAAGGUGAUAAGGUCAAAGGCAGACACAAACAGAAGUUUCUUAGCUUCAAAGGAACCCCCCGUCAUACUAUCGUUCAAGGUGGAGUCAAACUACGGAUUCUUCCAGUGGGUGCUUCCAUCACGGUUGGCUAUGAACGAGGAGAAGAGGGAGAUGGGUACAGAGAACGCUUGAGAGACAGCCUGUCAUUGAACGAGGUUGUCUGGGCCGGGACUGAGAGGAGCCCUGAAGGUGACAUGAAAGACGGUUUCUUUGCAGCGUGGUCAGGCAAAACAAUCCAGUAUAUGGAUAACCGCAUCGAGCCAUCCCUUGAACAACGUCCUAAUCUCAUCCUCGUUGACACCGGAACAAACGACAUGAACAGUAACCGCGACAUAGCGACCGAAGGGAACGACCCAGAGGCAGCAAUCGAACGGCUUAGACUGAUGGUGGAAGACAUGGUAGACAUGUGUCCUGACGCAACUAUCAUCCUUGGCAUGCCCAUCAACGUAUGCAACAAAAAGGAGUUUCACGAGCAGCGAAAGCGAAUAGAGGCCUAUCGAGGCCUUGUCGCUGAAUUGGCGGUGGAAUUUAGGGAACAAAAUCAUCAUGUGCUUGCAGCUGAUUUUGGCCCGUUCAAGGAGAGCUAUUUGGGUGAUUGUGUUCAUCCAGAAGAUAUUGGAUAUUUGGUUAUGGGGGACUGGUGGUAUGAUUUUAUUCACCAGGUCCCCAAGGGUUGGAUUCAGGAACCAGUUGGACCCGACCCUGUUCGUGGUGAGACUGGAGUCUGA